UUGAAAUCCUGUACAUUGAACUCAUCAAGGAUUCAACUAUAUGGUUUGAUAAAAUCAAACUAAAUGGAAUAAUUCCUAUUUGAUUGAUAUAUUCCUGAAUAUAUGAUACGGUGUUCACCGCCGAAGAACAAUCAGUAGUUUCCGACGUGACAAAGAAGAAUCAGAAGAAGUUGUAGAUCUACGAGAAAAGAACUAAAUGUAAGAUACGGUAACCUAAAUGAAAAACCCAAAGAAACUGAACAUUUUGUUAAUUUUAGGAAGUUUUUAUCGGGCUAUUAAAGCGAUUAAAAACUUGGAAACCGCUUCUUUUCUUCUGUUGAUUGAACAUCAACAAUAUAAAAACUUCAUUUACCCGCACUGGAAGCUUCACCUACGGAAUGUCGCGACGGAACCAGCAGCAGCGAGUGGCCGCUGCCAAUGAGAAGGAUACCGGCUGCAAGAUGUGUACGAGUACGGACAACAGUCGCAUGGUCCAGUGCGACAAAUGCGAUGCCUGGUACCACUUCGAUUGCGUGGGCGUGACCGCCGACAUCGAACAUCACGACUUCGUGUGCGCCACAUGCAAGACUGCUAAAGGAGGAGUCAAAAAGAAGCGUAAGACGUCUGCAAAGGUACCCUCAGAUGCCCCACCGCCCGUAAGUACGCAUGCCGAUGACCAGGGAACCGUUCAUUCAGAGCUAAUUGGAAAUGCACCCCAAAAUGCGUCCGUCUACGUCGUUACCCCGAUGACGACAAGUACAAGCGUCAUCAGUACCGCUCCCGUAAUGUCAACUACGCAAAUCGGUUUCUCAACCGCAGGUCCACCCUUCGCGCAUGAUCCAACUGUUUUACAAUUCCCAUACUCUACGUACGCCCCCGUAGUCGCUCGCGCCCCAGUAGUACCGGGGUUGACCUCCGUUACUCCGCAAGCCUCAAUGCCUUGUCUAUCACUACCCUCGGGACUGCCUCCACCCCCGCUGUCAAUCUCCUCGUAUGUGACUCUGCCAUCAAAUCCGCGCGUGUCGGGUUACUAUCCAGAAGUGUUUACACGUGCUCAGUGUUUCACAGUGCCUUCGUGUGGAAAUCAACAGAUGCCGUCUCUACAGUUCAGCACGCCUCUAUCGUCGCGAAAUACGCCAACCAUCAGUCAAGCCGAAGGGACAACCAAGACUAUUGCACCUGCAUUGGUUGGAAACAAGCCAUCCGACACCAACAAACAAGGUCGGGAGGAAUAUGCCAGCCAGCGCUCCGGAAUAGCAAGCUCAAGAAUGUCCAGGAAGGAGAAAAGACUACAAUUGGAGUUACAAAUUCUCGACGAAGAAAGGAAGCUGCAAGAAGAGGAACAAAGGAAGAAACGCGAGUAUCUCCAGAAGAAACAUCAACUUCUGAGGGAGCUGGCAACCGAUUCUACAACGGAAGACGACGAAGAAGGAGAUGAGGAAGAUGACCAAGCGUUGAAUGAGAAGGUGAACACAUGGAUGCAAGGGCUACCGCCGACCGAUCCAGAUCAAGUUCAGUUAGGCGAACCCCGACAGCGCCCACGUGGCGACAAUGCCCUGUCCCGGCCUCCGGCACAGCAAAUGCAGAUUUCGCAAGGACCCGUGGAACAACAUCAUCGGUUGCCGAACCAGCCAAUUCCUGAUUUAGGGCGGCUAAGGAUUGGAGAAAGUACACAUCUUCCGUCGAGAUUAGAGAACAAUGAGACGCACGUUGGCCCCUUCAAUCCCGGCCUGCGUUCGACCCCUCGGCAGGCAUUGCUGACGGAAGACGAUGCAAAUAACUUGUCACGUAGUCAAGUAGCCGCUCGCCAAGCGGUAUCGCGAGAGCUUCCGAGCUUUAGUGGUACUCCCGAGGAGUGGCCAUUAUUUUACUCCACCUUCAUCACCACAACGAACAUGUGCGGAUACACGCUUGAGGAAAACUUGGUGCGCCUACAGAAAUGCCUCAAGGGAAAGGCCUUUGAAGCAGUCAAAUGCAGGCUGUUGCAUCCGGCGAGCGUACCAGGCAUCAUUUCCACAUUGAAGAUGCUCUAUGGUAAUCCCGAUGUGAUCGUACAUAAUCUGAUGGCAAAAAUCAAAAACACACCACCACCGAAAUCGGAUAGACUGGACACACUCAUAGAGUUUUCGUUAUCUGUCCAGAACUUAUGCGCCACAAUAGAAGCUUGCCAACUAGAUGAAUACUCUUACAAUGUAGUAUUGCUACGUGAACUCGUCGAAAAGCUGCCUUCGUCGAUUAAAGUGGACUGGGCGAAAUACCAGCGAACCGUCCCAUGCGUCAACUUAACCAUCUUCUCCGCGUGGCUCUACGAUCUCGCCGAAGCUGUUUGCCCGAUUGCUACACUACCGAGUGUUGAGACGAGACCACAGCGAAACAAGAAGGAUCCAGCCUAUCUCAACACGCAUACUGAGGAAGAGAAGGAUUCCCAUCGGUUCAAGCCAAAUAAGGUUGUCAAGUCUGCGCCACCCAGUUCAGCGUCAAAAACCUGCCUGGUAUGUAAGGGUAGCUGCCCGAGCGUGGACAAGUGCAUACGGUUUGCUGAACUUGGCUACAACUCCAAAUGGGCAACUGUGAAGGAACUUGGGCUGUGUAGAAAAUGCCUGAAAAAGCACACGGCGUCAUGCAAAUCUCAACAAGUUUGUGGAAAGAACGGCUGUCAAUACAAACACCAUCAACUGCUCCACAAUAUCCAACGAGAUAACGCAACGUCGACCGCGGAACAAGGCGCAACAAACCACGCUCCUACACAAACGACUGCUGCGCAGAGCUCAACGGGACGAGACUGCAACACACAUCUGAAGCUCACAAACAAAAUGCUGUUUCGCGUUGUUCCUGUUAUACUGUAUGGUCCAACCAAAGCUGUGAGAACUCAUGCGUUCUUAGACGACGGUUCUUCCUAUACGUUGAUGGACGACGCUUUAGCAAAAGAGCUGAAACUAAGUGGAGAGCCGGAACCCCUUUGCUUAAGGUGGACAAGCAACCAAGGUCGGAUGGAGAACGAUUCGAUUCGGCUUAGCGUUGAGAUCUCCGGUACGCAGGAAGGGCACAAGAAGUAUCGUCUCCAGGAAGUGCAUACAGUUGCCAAUCUCAGUCUGUUUCAUCAAUCGGUCAACGUGAAAGAGUUAGCAGAACAGUACCCAUACCUGCGAGGAGUACCAGUGGAAUCCUACCAAGAUGUCCAACCCCGAAUCCUCAUCGAUAUCGAUAACGCAAACUUGGCACUUCCACUAAAAGGAAGAGAAGGGGGUUGGUGCGAGCCCAUCGCCACGAAAACACGGUUGGGCUGGAUCAUACAUGGUGGAACAGAGCUAGGAGGAGAAUUUGUUGGCUAUCACAGUCCUCAAAGGUGCCUUUGUAGUGGAUCGAAUGAUGCUGCACUUCAAGACGCAAUGUGCGAGUUCUUCUCUAUCGAAAGUUUAGGGAUUUCCAAACCCAAACAUUCUCUCGCAUCAACCGAGGAUCAACGGGCCGAAAACAUCCUCAAGACCGUUACUCAAACCGAAAACGGCCACUAUGUCUGCAGCUUGCUCUGGAAGUACGACAACCUGCACUUGCCGAAUAGUAAGCCCAUGGCUCUACAGCGUUUACGCUGUUUAGAGGCUCGGAUGAAAAAAGAUCCUGAGCUGGCCACAGUCCUGCAGACGAAGAUCAGCGAAUACCUCGAGAAAGGAUACAUCCGCAAGUUAACUGACCAAGAGUUGAAGGAAAGGCAGCAUCGGGUCUGGUAUCUCCCGAUCUUUCCCGUCUACAACGCAAACAAGCCAGGUAAGGUGCGAAUCGUCUGGGACGCUGCAGCCAAAAUCAACGGCGUGUCACUUAAUUCGAUGCUGGUGACUGGGCCAGAUCAGUUGACGUCCCUUUUGUCCGUACUUAUCCAGUUUCGGGAGAACAAAGUGGCGAUAUGCGGGGACCUAAGGGAAAUGUUCCACCAGGUAUACGUGACGAAGGAGGACCAAAAUUGUCAACGAUUCCUGUGGAGAGAAAACCCUACAGAUGCGGAACCGAGUACUUUCGUCAUGCAGGUUAUGACGUUUGGUGCGUGCUGUUCGCCGAGCUGCGCCCAAUACGUUAAAAACCUGAACGCUGAAAAACAUACAGGAGAGUAUCCGGAAGCAGCAACAGCGAUAAUCAAGUGCCACUACGUAGACGAUAUGUUAGUGAGUACGGAAACGGAAGAUGAGGCAGUUCAGCUAGCUCAAGAUGUUCGACAUGUUCAUGCCCAAGCCGGAUUUGAGAUGCGCAACUGGAUCUCCAACUCUUCAGCGGUGCUCAACGCCUUGCACAACGAGCGGAUCGACGAGAAGAGCCUAAACCUAGGAUCGGAGCUAGCCACAGAAAAGGUUCUGGGCAUGUGGUGGUGUACGAAAACGGAUGCACUCACCUUCAAGCUAUCACAGAAACAUGAUGCAGAUCUACUGUCAGGAACCCGACGGCCAACUAAAAGAGAAGUGCUGCGAACACUCAUGGCCAUCUUCGAUCCUUUGGGAUUACUUGCAAAUCUGCUGAUCUUCCUCAAGGUGCUACUCCAGGAAAUUUGGCGCUCAGGGAUCGGCUGGGAUGACGAGAUUCCAGAAAAACUCAACAAAAAAUGGGAAAUUUGGUUGCAAGUUCUUCCGUCGGUGCAGAAUGUUCGCGUGCCAAGAUGUUACAGGCUUUUAACGUCGAUUGGCUCGGCAACCUGCGUUCAGCUACACACCUUCGUCGACGCAAGCGAGGACGGCUAUGCAGCGGUAGCGUAUCUACGGUUCCAGCAAGGCAACAGCGUGGAAUGUGCAAUCGUAGCAGCUAAAUCGCGGGUGGCUCCACUGAAGUUUGUUUCAAUCCCGCGGCUCGAACUACAAGCGGCGGUUAUAGGAGCCAGAUUAGCGAAAACGGUGAGCAGCAGUUUGUCAUUCAAACUAGAUGAAAAAUUCUUCUGGACUGAUGCUCGUGACGUGCUGUGCUGGAUCCGGUCGGACCAUCGUCGAUAUUCGCAGUACGUGGCGUUCCGUGUCAGCGACAUCUUAGAAACCAGUGAAAUCGCAAAUUGGAGGUGGGUCGGCACAAAGGACAAUGUUGCGGAUGAAGCCACUAAAUGGCAACGACUGCCAGAUCUCGAAAGUGACAGUCGGUGGUUCAAGGGUCCAAAAUUUCUAUGGCAGCAUCCUGACAAUUGGCCCGUAGAACCGUUUACAACUGGGUCAACGAAGGAGGAAAUUCGGGCAAACAUAUUCCACCAUAGAGCCACCAUUUCAUCGUGUGUUGCCGUGGAGGAUUUCAGUAGCUGGGAUCGACUGGUCCGUACGGUAGCCUUCGUGUUCCGGUUUUCAAGAAACUGUCGGGGCAAAAUAACGAGAAUCCAGCGAGCAUGCGGCCCACUCUCUAGCAUGGAAUUGCAGCAAGCAUCAAACUACCUCUACAAGUUGGCGCAGAAAGAAUCGUAUCCCGAUGAAGUAAACGCUCUUUCAAAUGAACGAGCUGCAACGAAAUCAAUUAAUAAGCAGAGCUCGAUCUACUCUAUGAAUCCGUUUCUAGAUGAGCAGCAAGUGAUGCGGAUGCGUGGGAGAACAAGCAGGUGUGAGUACGCUACGAUGGACGCCCAGAACCCGAUUAUCCUUCCCAAGGAGCACCACAUCACGAUGCUAGUAGUACGAAGCUAUCAUGAACGCUAUCAUCAUCGUAAUCACGAAGUCGUCGUGAACGAGAUUCGUCAAUUGUUCAGAAUUCCGAAGCUGAGGGUUGUGUUUCGUAAGGUGAGGACUAACUGCCAGAAAUGCAAAAACCAACGAGCAGUUCCCCGACCCCCAGUGAUGGCCGAUCUACCAAUGGCUAGACUGGCAGCCUACAGCAGACCAUUUACAUACGUAGGCGUGGAUUAUUUCGGCCCGUUCACGGUGGCAGUAGGACGAAGAUCAGAAAAACGUUGGGGCGUACUUGUGACAUGCUUAACGACACGAGCGGUGUAUAUCGAGGUGGCACAUACUUUGAGCGCGGAUUCAUGUGUGAUGGCGAUCCGCAAUUUCAUGGUGCGACGAGGCGUUCCAAACCAAAUUUUCAGCGAUCGAGGAACGAAUUUCACGGCAACGAAUAAGGAACUCGAGGCGGCUCUGGCAGAUCUGGAUCAGGAAAAAAUAGUGCAGGAAAUAGUUAGCCCUAAUACUCAAUGGAGCUUUCUUCCCCCAGCAUCUCCACACAUGGGCGGGGCCUGGGAGAGGCUCAUUCAGAUUGUGAAGCGUAACUUACAGCAGAUACAACCACAACGUCUUCUCAGCGAUGAAAUCCUUCGUAACCUUUUUGCGGAAAUCGAAGGAAUCAUCAAUUCACGUCCACUAACGCACGUGCCGGCAGAAGAUCCUGACGGCCCCGUUCUCACUCCAAACCAUUUUAUCUUGGGAUCAUCCAGCGGCCUUAAACCUUUAACAUUACUCGACGACAGUGUUUCGGCGUUGAAGCGUUCGUGGCGGACUUCACAAGAGGAGGCGAACAUCUUCUGGCGGCGUUGGGUUCGCGAUUACCUGCCCGAACUGACUAGGCGUACGAAAUGGUUUAGCGAAGCUAAGUCAAUCGAGGUAGGAGACAUCGUGGUAAUCGUAGAUCCAGGGCAUCCUCGAAACUGUUGGCCCAAGGGCCGGGUCAUAUCCGUCACCAAGGGUAGAGAUAACAAGGUGAGAUCAGCAGCGGUUCAAACAGCCACCGGAGGAGUAUACGAACGCCCGGUGGUGAAAUUAGCAGUAUUGGAUGUUCGACGCGAAGAACAGGUAAGCCACAACAGUGGCGUACCCGGGGGGGACUGUGACGACCCCUUGGCCGACGCGUCUCACUGA